UUUCUUUCUUCUUAGAACAACCUCCAAAUAACCAAGGCCAGUCGACCCUGCAGCCUUUGCCACCUUCUCACAAGCAACAUUCAGCACAGCAUCACCCAUCCAUCACCUCACUUAACAGAAACUCACUGACAAAUAGGAGGAAUCAGAGUCCGGCCCCGCCGGCUGCUUUGCCCGCCGAGCUGCAAACCACACCUGAGUCAGUCCAGCUGCAGGACAGCUGGGUCCUUGGCAGUAAUGCGCCACUGGAAAGCAGAGAAUUAGGAAAUCAAGCAGUCCUUGCAAAUGGUCAUGACAACGUUAUAGAGAUGGAUGUGUUUUCUCCAACAUAUCACGAUAGCAGUUAUGGGCAUUUCCUAUUCAAAACAGGAACAGGGACCACACCGCUGUUCAGUACUGCAACACCAGGGUACACAAUGGCAUCCGGCUCUGUUUAUUCCCCUCCUACUCGGCCACUACCUAGGAACACUCUGUCCAGAAGUGCUUUUAAAUUCAAGAAGUCUUCGAAGUACUGUAGCUGGAAAUGUACUGCUCUCUGUGCUGUAGGAGUCUCAGUGCUGCUGGCAAUACUGCUGUCCUACUUCAUAGGUGAGUUCCUUUGUUUUAUAACUGUCAUCAUCAAUAGGGAUGUCAGAGAGUGUCCCAUAUUAACCUUCAUGUGUAGCAAAGCUUUUGGUAACAGUAAAAAUCACAACAAUGACUUCAUGAAAACUGAUUCUUUUGAGAUAAUAAAAAAUGUGAGUACUUUGAAAGCAUUCUGUGACGCAACAGCAGUUGAAUUAACUUCAAAGAAGUAUUUGAAUUGCAAUUAAGCUGUAGGCUGUCUAGUCCUUACAAAUGUAUCUGUAAAAUGGAGGCUGUAAUGUUUUCUAACAAAACAAAACUUGCAGCAUGCCUGUGGAAUUCUUCUCGUUUUGCAUUAUAUAUAAGCAAUGAAGCACUUAGGAGUUAUAAUUUUCAUUUAUUAUAUACAUGUAUGUUUGUGUGUACAGCUAGAGCAAAAGUGUAGACCUUGGUUGCAAGGUAGAGAAAAUAAUUGUCCAGAAGGACAAUGCGGAGAAGAGGCUUCUUUCUCCUCUGUAGGGUUUUUUUAAUUUUCUGUUUUCUGUUUAAGUACUCUUUCCUAGUUUGUAUUCUAUAUGAUUUCUUCUAUUUUUUCAUUAUUUAGUUUCAUAAAUCUUUGCUAUAAAUAUAUCAUUUGAGUUUUAGACAGUUAACUGCUUAACUGUGAGAUAACAUUACUGACUUUUAAUGUGCAUGUGUCAUCUUCUGUGGCUUUGUCCAGAUUACAUAUUUUUGUUACCUCUGAGUCCUUAAUUGGUUUUCAAAGACUUUUUUUAACUGAUUUUUUAAUUAGAAGUUUGUCAGCACUAUUAUGUUAAUAAAAGUGUAAGGGUCUGCUUUUGUAAGGCAUUGCUCUCACUCAAAUUCAGAGUCUUAGGAAGUCAAGGAAAGAAAAUAGAAAGGGGAAGAGUCAAUCUCUCCUUUUCUACUUCAUUUUGAAAUCUGGGUAAAUUAAUAACAAAGCCUAGCAGGCCCUCUGAUCCCUAAAUCUUCAUUGCCUUUGUUGAAACAGGCUUUCUACAUUUCAAUCCAGGGCAGAGCAUAAGCUGUAUAAAGCCUUUGAAGUAGUUCUUUCUGGGCUGAAGCUUCCGUGAACAAUGCAAGAAACUAGGUUGCUGAGUAGCUGGAGAAAUUUCUGUCUGCCAUGGCAAAGCAGAGCUCCCGGAGCACCCUUUGCACUUCAACUGUGAACCCCGAAGUAAAAAAUGCAUGUAUAGAAAUGUAGGGUUUGCCAGUACUGCCCAAUACUAUUAAUGCCUUGGAUUGUUUUUUGUGUGAAUGUACACAGAAGCAUAAAGGUGUGGCUUGGAGGUAAGCUUUAACACCACAUCUUUUUUUAAAAAAGAUGGGGUUGAAAUAUUUCCGUUUAUAAAGCACAUUAAUUGUGUUCAGUAUUCGUAAUGCUGCCUCUUCAGUCAUUAUAAUCAAAUAUCUGCUGCCAAAAAAGUGUAAGAAAAAAUUCAGUAUGAGGUAUCACUAUCAAGAAAUAGUGAAAAUGGCCAUACAGAUAAAGAAAUAUUGAAGAUCUGAUUGUGAGCUGAGCUACACUUUGCUUGUCCCAAAAAGCAGGAUUCCUUAUGAAUCUGAGAGGUGCAAGGAGUUAGCUGAACUGGAUUAUUUCUCCCACAGGCAUAUUAAGAAAUAUAAGCAUGUCUAAUACACCUCUAUUCCUGUAUUCAGGGAAAAAAUUGGGCUUUCCAUAGAGUGAGAGCUUUCAGCUCCACACAUCAUUUAUUCAUAUACUCUGUUACAAAAAAAAAAGAACCCAAAAAA